AUGGAAGAAGAAAAAAAGGUUAUGUUCCACGAAAUGGAGUUGGAUGAUAGAAUUUUGAAGGCUAUUUCACAGUUGGCAUGGUCACAUCCAACUCUCAUCCAAGAAACGGCAAUUCCUCUCCUACUGGAAGGAAAAGAUGUUCUUAUACGGGCUCGAACAGGCUCUGGGAAGACGGCAGCCUUUGCAAUACCUGUUAUACAAAAAAUAUUGAAUUUAAAAAAUACAAGCACACAUCAAUGCAUUAGAGCACUAAUAUUAUCUCCUAGUAAAGAAUUAUGUGGGCAAAUUGCAUCAGUGAUUGCCGAUUUGACACUAAAGUGUGCAAGAGAGGUUCGCUGUAUAGACAUCUCAUCAAGUGGAGAUAUGCACAUACAGAAGUCAUUAUUAUCAGACAAACCAGAUAUUGUGGUGGCAACUCCCUCUAGAGCACUGGCACACUUGAAAGCUAACAGCAUGAGGUUAAAAGAAGACCUGGCUAUGCUAGUGGUAGAUGAAGCAGAUCUAGUAUUCUCUUUUGGUUAUGAAGAUGAAAUCAAGGAAUUGUUAAGCUAUUUACCAAAAAUCUACCAAGCAGUCCUCGCUUCAGCUACAUUGUCUGAUGAUGUACUGAGUCUAAAGAAAAUAGUUCUCCGGAAUCCAGUAACAUUAAAACUUGAAGAACCAGAACUGGCGCCAUCAUCGCAACUCCAGCAUUACCAUUUAUUUGCUGAAGAAGAUGACAAGGCAGCCAUAUUGUAUGCACUUUUGAAGUUAAACUUGAUUAGAGGGAAGAGUAUAAUCUUUGUCAGGACUGUGGACAGGUGUUAUAAAUUGAAACUAUACUUGGAACAGUUUAAAAUUGGGUCAUGUGUACUUAAUUCAGAGUUACCUGCAGCAGUCAGAUGUUUGUCUGUUGAUCAGUUUAACAGGGGACGCUAUCAAAUAAUAGUAGCAUCGGAUGAAAAAGCACUGGAGCAGCCUGAUGGAGGCCUGUUGGCAGGUGAAGAAUGGGGAAAGAAGAAAAAACAAAAAUCAAAACGUAAAAAAGACAAAGAGUCUGGCGUGUCCCGAGGCAUUGAUUUCCAACAUGUGUCAAACGUCAUCAACUUCGACUUCCCUCUUGACGUAAACUCCUAUGUACACCGUGCGGGGCGCACUGCCAGAGGCAAUAACCAGGGUUCAGUGCUGUCAUUUGUAUCUUUGCGAGAGAAACCAUUGAUGGACGCUGUGGAAGAGCACUUGUCAAAAGGUUUUAAUGGCGAGAAAGUCUUGCAGAAGUACGAGUUCGCGUUGGAAGAGGUGGAGGGGUUCCGGUACAGAUCAAGAGACGCGUGGCGAGCCGUUACCCGCAUCGCCGUGCGGGAGGCCAGGCUCAAGGAGAUCAAGCAAGAGCUGCUCAACUGCAAAAAGUUGCAGGGCUACUUUGAAGAGAAUCCAACAGACUUGGCAGCUUUACGGAGAGACAAAGCACUACAUACAGUGAGGCUCCAGCCCCAGCUUGCACACGUACCAGAGUACUUGCUGCCAGCUGCUCUGAGGAACGAAGCACCAGAACCCGAUGUAGAUCAGCCAGCGGAACCUGUGAAGAAAAGGAAACAGAAACAGCCUGCAAACUAUGGGAGUGUGAAAAGGCACAAAUAUCAGGCGCGGCAGAGGGAUCCCCUGAGAAGCUUUGCACUGAAAAACCUAAAGAAGGCAACACCGGCCGGCGAUACGUAG